AUGGCUAAUCGCAACCAAAUGCCUGAGAUAAGGUGUUUGGAGCCAGAGAACUACAGGAAGUAUUUCCGUUCUCUUUGUUGGAGCGGUAACAGAAAAUUGGAUAGAAGAACUGGUAAAAGAGCCCUCAGGAAAGAUAGGUCCCGAAGAUCAAAAGGCCCAAAUGCAUUUGCAAUAUGUUUUGCACCAGCUCUUUUAGGAAAUCCAUCACAGUUUGCUGUAUACGCUACCGUCCGUAAAUCUAUCCUCUCUCGAUGGCGACACCUACAAGGAUCAAUAGCAGAUUUAUCAGAUGAUAGCGAUAAUGAUGACCAGAACCAAGUUCCUACUAUAAAACUUCCUAAAAUUACAGGAAUUGGUCUGCGCACAGUUUUCAGUCUGAUUGAUCAAGCGAGGUUUAAAGAUGCAAGUCUCUGUGAGUCUGCUCUGAAUGCUUUGCUUGAUGUAUUACAAGCUCACGCACCUGAGGAUUUGUCCCAUGAAAACACAGAAAUCAUCACAAAUCUACAUGAUAUACUUGUGGAGAUUACAAGUGGAAUUGGGGGCCAAAGCCGACCGGAUGUUCCUUCUACACUUACUUCCAUCAGCAGCUCUUGCUUGAUUGCUCUGUCAGUUGCAAAGGGUGAAUCUGAACUUAUUCUGAAUACUAUCACAUCGCUACUUAUGGUUUCACCAAGUCUAUCCGAACAGCUUGUUCAGGUGCCAAUGAAUUUGAACAUGUUACAACGAAGUGUACAAUCCAUAAUCUUAGGAUCUCCAUCUCGCAACCUGUGGCUAGACUUUGGGGUUCCACAUCAGUGCUUAGUCAACAGUUUUCCAUUAGAUCUUCAGUCAGCAUCCAAUAAUUCUAACCAAGAACUAGUCGUCCGAUCACUCGUGUCUGAUGGUUGUUUCCUCUAUGUCUUUACUUCCAAAGGCCUAUUUAAAAUUGGAUCCGGAUAUGGCAAUUCCGUUCGCCAACAUGUAUAUUUGUACAAAGCAGACUUUUAUGCCAGUGACCGUCAUGGAUGGUUGGGCUACGUUAAGGAUAAAUUAUAUGUAAGAAUUGGUAGAAAGAAGACUGAUAUUUAUGAAAUAGACAAGGAAACAUUUGAAUUAAGAAGUACAGUGCGUUUAGAUGCAGGAUCGCCAGCUCCUAUUGAACCAAAAUCAGCUGUAUUCAGUGAUGGUAACAAACUCGGACUAGUUGUACUCUCUAACUAUGAUCAUUUAACAAUCAAAUUUUACGAUGUGGCCGCAACGGCAGCCAAUCGUGCAGAAGGCGGCAUACAUGUGAUCAAGUCUUGUAAAGAAUUGCAAGUGCACCUUCUUAGACGAUCAACACUAGCACUCGGUCGAGCGCCAUUCGAGGAUGGUGUAAAUAGACGAAUCACCGACUUGGACUCACCAGUAGCUGUGCAACUGGAUGACAAUGAAGAGGACCCACUAAUCGCGAUCAGUGCUGGACAAGACUUUGGCCUACUCACUACUGCGUCCGGAAAAGUGUAUUAUACAGGAAAAGCAACUAGUUUGGGAUACAAGAUGUCAUCAAGUUACACUGGACGAUGGACACUAAUGAAAGAAACUUGUUUUAUUAGAAAUGAACAGCCAAAAAUAAGAAAAACAAGGGUCAUACAGGUUGCAGUUGGUCAUGAAGGAGUUCACGCUAUAUUGGUUCUUGACAACGGGUCAGCUCUCUUUACUGGGAUUGCCCGUCGCGGUGAAGAUGGUGAUGGUAAUAAGCGACGAUCACCAAAACCUAGCCGCCCAAAGAAAAUCGCAAAGGCGGAAAAUUUCUACGUUGUAUACGCUGCUUGCAACUACGGAUCAACAGCGCUAGUGACACGACAAGGCCUUGUGUUGAUGUUCGGCAAAGAUACGCAGCAUUGUGACCCCGCUGGCAUCGUCACCGGCUUGAAACAUGAAAGAAUUGUCCAGGUUGCUUUAGGUAAAGCUCAUGCCGUGGCAUUAACAAAUCUGGGACAAGUUUACAGCUUCGGUAUCAAUAACAAAGGUCAAUGUGGACGAGAAUUCGGAUAUACUAAAGAAAAACCUUACCCUCUUGGAAGAACAUCUUCCAAGGAAGAUCCGGUCAUAUGUAUGUCAGAUCAACACACCUGGCUAACCGAUUAUUGCCGUAUCUGCGUCAACUGCAGAGAAUGUACCGGAUUUGCUGGCAAUUGCAGUUGCGCUGCUUUACCUAAUCGGAUACCUAGAGAGAAAUGCGGUUGCGGCGAAGGUGAGAGCGGUUGCAGUACGUGCGGCAUUUGCCGGCGCUGCGCCGAAGUGGAGUCCGCCUCCCGCGUGCCGGACAGUGAGGACGAUGUGUCUGUUUAUGAUAUCGCUAGUACAUCUGAGCAAGCUGCAGAAGAGGAAAUGAAAUAUCUACAAUAUGAGGCGCAUUGCUCCAAAGACGACGUGGACAAGGAUCCUAGCUUCAAAGGCAGCAGUCUACCACCAGCCCGGAUCCCUCUGCCUGGUGGACAUAAAGUAGAGGCCAUCGCUUGUGGCCUGCAUCAUACCGUUUUAAUGACACAUCUUGGCGAUGUCCUAACAUUUGGCUCAAACCAAUACGGCGCUUUGGGAGCGGGAGACAUAUCCGCACAUCAUAGGAUCAUACGUGUUAGAAUUCCUAGAGCCUCUGCUAUUGCUGCUGGAAGCAAUCAUACAGUUGUCCUGACAAAUGAAGGCGAAUUAUAUACAUUUGGCAACUAUCAGAAAGGGUCACUAGGUCGUCCCCGCAUGGAUGAGCCACGGUCAGAUAGAUGCCCAAUAUGGUAUGCAACUCCUGGCAGAGUACCACGAUUAGGCCCUAAAUACAACUGUAAGGCCAUUUCCAUAUCCGCAUCAGGAGAUCAAACAUUCGUCCAGGUUUCACAAGCACUCCUAAAAACUGAUACGCUUUUCAGUUCUACCAUAACGGCGAAUAAUAAUACAAUAAUUGUACUACCCAAUAGACCGGAACAUACAUUCAAAUGUGUAACAAUUUGUAAAGCUGAUGGAUCUUGCUACCCAUGGUCUGGACCAGAGCAGGUCGAUUUCAUUAACACGCUCGCUUGCCUCGAUCCUCUCUAUGACGUAUUAUGGUGUUACCAACCACAGAUGAGAGUAAUAAAGUCCUACAACAUCCUAGCGUUCGAUGCACACAAGUUACAGAGGUGCUGCAAAAAUGAUCCAGAGGGUUUCGUCAAUGACAUUGACUUUGAAUACCCACAUUACGGAAUUAUGCGACGUCUCGAAGAGUUUAGAAAUAUUGAGAACUUUGAAUGGAUCAGCAAUAGUGACGAGAAACCAACAGAUGGAGUCGCUCUUGCAAACGUAACGAUACUGAAUCAGGAUCUCGCUUUGCCGAUCGCUAAGAACUGCUCGGUGACCAGGAUACAUGCUGCAUUGCACUUGCUUGGUUGUAUAGAUUCGUUGCUGUACGUUCAUGAUAAUAGACUCACUCAAGUGGAAUGUAAAAGAGAUAGUCUGGCUUUGCCCGCGUCACCAUUGCGCGAAGACUUCUUAACAGUGAACCGCUUUGAGAGCCACGGCGGUGGUUGGGGCUAUUCUGGACAUUCCAUUGAAGCAAUUCGAUUUAUGAGUGACACGGAUAUACUUUUGGGUGGAUAUGGACUUUUUGGAGGACGUGGAGAGUACACAGCAAAGAUUAAACUAAUCGAUAUUGGUACCGAAGGAGGGGAUCAAGAAGGCGAUGGCGACGUAUUAGCUGAAACUGGGGACAUUCCGUACGAGUGUGCGCCUAGAGAUAGAUUUCCAAUGCUCUUUGAGAAUCCAAUACCCCUCACUGCACAAAGGUGGUAUGUGGCAUGGGCAUGCAUAAAUGGACCUUCUUCAGACUGCGGUUCCACAGGCCAAGCCAUCGUUAUUAACGAAGAUGUAGGCUUUCAUUUUAAAACCUCGAAAAAAUCCAACAAUGGAACCGACGUUAAUGCUGGGCAAAUACCGUGUCUGCUGUAUAAUGUUAUAAGUCAUGAUCAAGUACCGAAACGACGAAAAGAUCUCGGUGAACCAAUCAACGUUCUUACGAAAAAUAUAUCAAGGAAAGUUACCGUGGCUUGUUUCAAGUCUCUUAUAACUUUGCUUCAAUGGGGUUGGACAAGUUUGAAGGAAAUAUUACUAGACACAAAUAGCCAAAUUCCGAUAACUUAUCACAAGCUAAAUGUCAUAAAAAAUCAGAAAAGACUUGUAUAUAUUAUUCGUGCUUGUUUACGAAUUGUGAAAUCAUACAUCAAUGAGAUAUAUCCUCAAAACAACAGGAAGAGGAAUUCACAAGAAUAUUUGGCCUAUGUUGACAUUAUAGCGGACAUUCGAAAUCUUAUUCAAGCUAUAAUGGCAGAUCAAGUUCCUUCAUGCAGCAUGUUGCCGCGUAAGCCGGGUAGAAGCAAAGCACACAAAGCGUGCUACGUACAAUUCGCUCUGGAGAUGUUUAAUAGCAUAAUUAAAGAAGCUCACGAAACAGUAACAGCUUGUUUCCACGCCUUCUAUCCGACUCCCAUUUUAAAGUGGCAUCACUUGUGUGCACUGCUGUAUAAUGUUUCGGAUGGAAUAGUGCCUGCCUCUCAAAUCCGAGAUUUAACAGCUACAUGCGCUGCUAUGUGUGGCUUCCGAAGCUUACGCGAUGUGCUGCAAUACAUCGUACCCGUGACUCAAAGCUGCAUCAUGUUAAAUGAAACGAGAAAAAAUGAUAACAAAGUCGUCAAAGAAGUACCCAGUAAGUCAGCGACAGUUCCGCGCUCAGCGCAUUCACAGCAUUCUCCAAAACCACCACCGAUCCCACCAAGGGCUAAUAGAGACGCUAGGCAACUGCCUUCUACAUCAAAGGCAAAUCAUAGUGAUUGGCAUCUAUUGGAUAUAAUACCCAAGUUAUUGGACAUGGUAAUUUCACCGAUUAAAGAACAGAUGAUGACUCGACAUUGUGGCCAACCACAUGAACACGGAGAGAUUCAACAGAAUGAGAAACUCACGGAAUUUUGUUGCAAGUUUAUCGUGCGCAUAAUAGCUGAGUUAGCUUUCAGUUCAAAGAAUAUCAAGGAAGACACAGAUACAGCGUCAAUAAAACAUCUCAUAACCCCAUCGCGUUUUAUCCGCGUGAAUACCAGCCGCUCUUGGAACACAAGCAGCGGCAGUCCCGAUGCCAUUUGCUUCACCGUAGACAGAUCUGGUAUAAUGCUGGUCGGAGCAUGCGUUUAUGGUGGCCCGGGAUCUUUUGAUUACACCCUGGAACUUUUGCAUGACGUGCGGUUACGCUCAGGGACUGAGGAAGCGCGAGCGUCGCAUUGCUGGAUGAGUGUGGAGGUCGUACACGGUACCUUCUCUGCAGGUGACUGCCAACAUGAUAUGGUGCAAAUCAAGUUCGAUAAACCCGUACCAUUAAAGGAAGACUUACGAUAUGCACUGAGACUGUGCAAUAACGGAGGCAGAACGGCCAAUGGCGACAGUGGUUUGGCGUCAGUAAAGGGACCUGACGGUACCACAUUCCAGUUUUCAUCCUGCUCUCUCAGUUUUAAUGGUACAACUUUGGUGAGAGGCCAAUUACCAUGCCUCAUAUAUUAUGGUACAACAAAACCAUUGAAUUAUAACGACAAUCCGGACACAUUGAUGGCCGCGCUUCGUGCAAUAACUUUAAGAGUUGCCUCUAUGGUGAUAGACCGCGGCGCAGAGCUGUUUUGUGCACUCCGAAAUGAGCUGACAACAGAAGAUCUGAAGCGAAAUGCAUCUGUAUUGCAAGAGUCACCUGUUCUUAAUACAUUGAUGCCAUAUGUAUUGGCUAACCUCGAAGGGUUAGAUGACUCAAAGAGUGUUAUACAUCUUCUCGAAAUCAUACACAAAUUACUUCCACACGUAUCUGCUAUGAAUUUGCUUAUACCAAUUUCGGAAGAGAUAAACACCACUACUACAACGCAAUAUUACACUUGGAUCGAAAGUGACCAUCCCUAUAAACAGGCCACUGUUUCUAACAUGAGAGUGCUAUUCCCGCCGCAAGUAUCGUGGAUCGUUCUACACAUGGAUACCCGAAGUAUAACCGCGCAACAAGAAGACAAUCUGACGAUCUAUGCGGUGGCGGGGUCGCCGCGGCACAGAUGCCACUGCUCGAGCGACUUCCGUGUUUCAGAUCCACCAUUCCGUAAGAGGUUAAUCCAGUUAACAUCGGAUACGGGUGACGUAGAGGAGCUUGACGAGGGAUGCUUUGAAGCACCGUGCAUGCAAUACAAUUGUACUUAUGUGAGCGUUACGCCUAGACUUUCCAACACGUCUGCUGAUUGGCCUCACAAGGGACUAUUGGUUCCCGGGAACGAAGUUAUAUUUUCACUGGAGACUGCUUCAGAUUAUUUGAAUGAGUACAAGAAUGAUGAAGAGGCUGAUGAAAGCAGAUAUGGUUUCCGUUGCCUAUGCUCGGGAUACGAAGACCGUCCACUGACUUCUCAGCGCCAAGGCCUGGUGAACCUGGAGAUGGAGCUGGUAUACGCUGGAUCGGCUUGUGCUGCUCGCCUCCUGGCUCCAGAUAUCGAUAUAUCACCCCUGAGUUACUUGACUGUAGUGGAGCUCCAAACGCUGGCUACAAAUGGUGCCACUCCGAGCGGUGACGAAAGCGAUGAAAGCGAGGCCAUGUUCCUAUACCGUGGCCUGGACCUGCCUUCUCCGCCCAGCGUGCACAACGUGUUGGACGGCCAACCUCUACUGCGGUGCACAUCAACUGAGCGCCAAUUCUUGUCGGAUUUUGUGGCGGGCGCCGAGAGCACGGCUGGCGGCAGGCUCGCCCGGUGGCUGGCUCCGACUCCUCGUGUGGAGCCCUCCAAGUGUGAACUUAAAGCGCCGAGCUCCCCAGUCCUCCCGUCGACUCACGUCAACAUGCCGGUCAUCGUUAGAGAUCAAUACGGCGACGUCGUGACUUCUUCAGCUUUAAACGUUGAGGUUAUAGUACAGAAUUUGGCGAUGUCCCUCAGCAUGAAUCGGCCGACAGAAGCCGAGCAGGCGAGUGGGAUCCCUACCGUGCGCUUCGCAACUACGAUAAGAGAAACUAUGCGUUUCCAGACUAUUACCAUGAUGAAGCCCUAUCAAGACUAUUCAUUGGAAGAGCUGCGAUUCGCGAGUGGAUUAUGGGGGGAGGCGAGGUUGAAAGGUCUGGGCAUGUUAAAAGUCCCUACAGAACGUAUCACAGUGCGUCCUCAAACGGACGGUUCGUACUCUGCUCUGUGGAUUCCACGCGCUCCAGGAAAAUAUCUUUUCAGAUGCACGCUGGAUGAUCAGCCUUCUCCGCAGGAAAUAGUAAUAGAAGUACCUGAAAACGAAAAUUUGGAGGAAGAAGAUACUUCUUUACCGGCAGAGGGAACCACCACAAAACUGAAGCGUUUCGUGACUCAGAGUAGCGCGGGCUUGCGCGUGCGAGCCAGUCCCAGUCUUCAAGCUGAAGAACUUGGCAGGAUACCGCCGGGUGCCUAUGUGGCAUACUUGGAAGAAGUUGUAAAUAAAGAUGGCGCCUGGGUUCGUUUGACUGGUGACUCGGUUCAAGCGUAUGUAGAGGGCAACGUGGAUGUAGCAUGGUGUAUGCAAUAUCAUCGGCAACUAGACUGCGCCCUGUUAGGCCCAGUUGAAGAUAUGCCAGUAACCCCUCCCGAAGAAGAUCCUUCUGGAUGGAACAGGUUAGAAGCCCAGUCAGAACUUCCGAUGUGGCCCUUAGAUGACGACGUAGAGGCUAGUGAUGCCGAAGAGAGGCCUUUUCCGUUUUCCAUUCAAUGUGACCUCCCAGACGAGAAUGAUAGGCGGAAUCCUCUACUAAUGGCUGAGCCGAGUAAAAUUGAUAGAAAAAUGAGGAAGGAAGCUGCUGCUGCAGUGAUUAAUCAACCGGCUAGACUACCUCUGGGAGAAGCUCGUAGAAACAAUGGUAACGGUGACGGCGAAGACGAGGACCCCGCGCAGGCGGUUCAAAAACUUGCAAACAACGAACAAGAUGUUGCCAAAGCUAUUGCAGAUGCUAACGAUGCAAAUAAUGUUAAAUUUGCUGAAGUCGUGGAGCUAGUUGAUGAAAGUUUGAAGAAAAUGGAAAAUGAUGCAAACGUUCAAGAUGAUUCAAUUCAAAAGGCACAAGCAAUACCAAAACCAGUGGUCAGUGUAGAAGAUAUCGCGGAUAACAACGAAGCCAAUGCCCUUAAAGGUCCUUUUGUAAAUGUGGCUGAUGUUAAAAAUGUAAUUGUGGCCGUCAAAAUAAGGAAUGCCAUAGAAGCUCAUAUUGAAAAUCCAGUGGAGGCUAAAAAUAAUGCAGGCCAAAUUCUGCCCGAUAAAAUAGAAGAAGAGAAGAUUGUCACCCAAGCCGCUACUCAGACUUCACCCGAAACGAGUGUUCAGGUUCAAAGAAAUGAUCAACCUACUCCUGGCACAUCUAAGCAGGAUGAAAAGUUUACCACGCCCCGAGAAAGAGUGUCGAGCGUGUCGAGUUUCAAACGGCCAUCUUCACCGCCGCCGUUGCCCGCGCGCAGCAAGCCCGCACCGGUGAAGAAACAAGCGCAAAGUCCGGCUCAAGCUGAAUGCUUACGGUCUAUUUUUGCUGCGCUAUUGUGGCAUGAAGGCAUCGUACACGACGCGAUAGCGUGCGCAGCAUUCCUGAAAUUCCACCCGCAGUUGCCAAAGGCUGGUGCUCCUGUUGUGACGCGCGGAGCUCCUCAUGAUACACCAAUACCUAAGCCUCAGCGACAUUCCGUGGAGGUUUCUAAUGCUGGUCAAUAUCUCCGCAUUAAUCCUUCUACUUUGGAAACGCUCACUCGUUCAGGUACGGAAGCCAGUUCAAGUAGAGCUCGUAGAAGUGACUUCAACGGAACCAUACGUGAAGAGGACUCACAUUCACACAGUGGAGAAGCGGGUCCGUCAACAUCAGCGACUACUACAUCCAUAGUAAAUGUGCUGCCGCCAGCGUUACGUGCACUUGUUGCUCUGUGGGAUUCUCUGUGUGACGCUGAUCAAUUGAAUGCGGCUACUGACAAGCUGAGGAGGGACGAAAAUAACGAUAACGACGAAAUUGGUCCGCUUGGUCCCGGAUUGCGAAAAAAUCGCAAUUGGAAAUAUGGACCUUCCAUGAAAUUGCCAUACACGGUACGAUGCGAGCUGUGUGGCGGCGCAAACGUGACCCCACCGCUGGCAGCGCACAUGCGGACCGCGCACCCCGGCUGCCGCAAGCCCACCACCCGCGGCUACGACCGCGCGGGCGUGUACAAGCACACCGAGCCGAUACCCUCCACGGCCGACUCGCCCGCGUCCACGUGCGGACAACUCGCACAAGACCUUAUCGGUGUGAAAAUACGCGCUACGUUAGCAGCAUACCAACUUUGGUACUUAUUCUGCGAGAAAUGCCGGGACAAGGCGCUGAAGACCAGCAUCGUGAGGCCAAAGAAGACCGUCACUAUAGCGGAGGUCAGCCGUCCCGAGAGAGUCGAACCUGAGAUCGACCACUACACAAUGAAGGACAAUGCUAUUUUCCUCCUGGAUCUAAGUCCAUUGAAUAAUUCAGAAGCCCCAAAUGUUUCUCCAUGGCAAGACGUAUCAUGUCGCAGUCCUCCAACGCCACCAGGCAGUCUGUGGCAACCGGCUCCACCAUUCCAAUGCUUGCCUGCACUGGGUGUUGCCCCUAAAAGUAGUGCGGCUGAUGCAGCAAGAUAUCAUUCUCUUGGCCGACCAAUGCCUGCUGUCAAUGUGAAUAAUCCGUUUGUUCCAAACGAGAUAUCGAGUUCCCAAUAUCCUCGAGUGCAUCGCUCGGUGUCUAUGGGCCAAGCGGGCGGCCGCGACCUGGCCCAUGCUGCAAGACCACCACUCGCUAGAUUUGAGCCUGAUUCUCAAGAGACGCUCUCCGGAGCUGGAUCUUCUCUCCUGUCACAGCCAAGUGCUGCUCUUCAGAAGUUGGUCGGUUGCGACUGGACCACUGAAGGUGGUGGAGUUUCUGCGUUUUCAACCCCACACGUGGACCCUGAGAGCUUAGUCAGGACACCAGUACUUUCGUUUAUCCUGGCCAAACGAGACUUACAAAGCCAUAAACAAAAGCUUGACGCUAUUGUCAGAAUUAACACAAUUCGACAAUAUGCUUUUGAGGCAUUGAACUGGUUACUGCGUUCUACCAGCCAACCGACAUGUGUGCAUGACGUCAUGUGGUGGUUCUGCAAUGCGCUAGACUCGUAUGCGCGCAUCGUACAGCCGCCUCACCCUGCUGAUGAUAAUAAGGAGAACGUACUGCACGACGCAAGCCGCGGCAUCAUCCCCACCGCGGCGACGUCCGCGCUGUGUCCCGGCGGGCGAGCUGCACGCGGCGCCCGUGCCGCAUUCCACGCGUUCCUCGGCUCGAUCAGCGCGCUAGCACCCUCGCUGCCGCCGGGCAGUGCUGCCAACCUGCAGGCGGUGCGCUGCUGGGAGCUGCAGUACUCGCAACAUGACCGCGCCUUCUUGCACAGAUCGCAAGUAUUUAGCGUUAUCAGCAAGAUUCUUUCUCACACUGAAGACGGCGCUUACGAAGACGGUCUUCUGGGAGCUUUACAUGAAAGCUAUCAAAGCUACUACAACAAGCCACAAAAUUAUGUAUGGAGUUGCCCAGACGUGACCGGUUGGUGCACGAUUACCGUUUCUUCACGACAAGGAAUGGCCGGUGCUCUAACAGACAAUUCCACUGAGACAUUUUGGGAAUCCGGCGAUGAAGACAAGAAUAAAACCAAAUGGAUCCAGAUCACUUAUACUGGCGGUUCUGCUGAAGACAAACCCCAUAUUAUCUGCAUUCACAUAGACAAUACUAGAGAUCCUGCUACCAAAACUCAGAUGGUAACGUUCUGGUACAGCACAGGAUCAACUGAUCUGCUUCAAAUGAUGGAUGUUGAUGUGGACACUAAGAACGCUCAUUGGGUUUGCUACAUACUACCCCGUUCAUCAAGUACUUCCGUGCGUGUACGCUGUGAGCUCCGCGGGCCGGACCCUGCAGUGCGUGUUCGACAAGUGCGUGUACUCAGCGGGCCGCAGUUGAACCCGUCGCAGAGCGUGCAAACACACCCCCUGCACUCGCUUACUGAGAAGGAUACGCUGCGUGUGUUCCGCUUGCUUACCUCACAAGUAUUCGGAAAGCUUCUGGAAUGGGAGCACACUGGAGAUGCAGACGGUAUAGUGGUCGGAGAAGGUACAGGAGAUGACAGUGACCUGCGUGAACACGUCGUCGGUAUACUGUUCGCAGGACAUAAAUUGACGUCGCUUCAAAAACAGGUUAUGGCGCAUAUUGUAUGUGCGAUCGGUUGCGAAGCUUCGCGCGUACGAGACGACUGGGAGACAGCUUUACUUUGCGCUGAAGCAAUCGAUAGAACUGAUGAUGAAGCUCAGCCCAGACUGACACAUCAACAGGACAAUUACUGCUUUGAAAUGCUUUCAUUGCUCUUGGCACUUAGCGGCAGCGUGGCCGGGCGUUCCCAUCUCGCACAGCGUACAGAAUUAUUGGCUGACCUGUUGGCUCUACUUCACACAGGCAGUGAACGUGUACAACGCCAGGUACUAUCGCUCUUGCGAAGAAUGAUAUUCGAAGUACCACCACAGAAGAUGUUGGCUGCUCUCAACUAUGGCGCAGAUUUAGGUGCCGGAUAUGAGUCAACUGUGACAUUACUGGAUCACCUGGUGUGCUACGUGGGCAAAGCGGUGACAGUGCAAGUGAAAGUCAAAGGAGCAAGUGGGGCAUCUUCCAACACGGUGACGAUGGGCAGCACCGUGACUCCAGCCCCACCUGCCGCCUGGUUCAUGAGGGGAGAAACCACAAGGAACCAUGCUCAGAUUGUUGUCAGACUUCUUACUGAUAUGGCUGAGGAUAGAGUAUCGCCUGCUUGGGGCACAGCCACGCGCAUGGCUCUCGCUGAAUACGUAAAGGCGGUGGCUGAUAUGGGUGAAAUGGAUCGUCGCCCUCAGAGGUGCAUCGUUCAACCAACCAUUUGGUUGGCUUUAGCUGCAUUGUGCAUUUGCGAACAAGAAUACAUGGAUUUGAUAAACAACUCUGGUCGCGACUCCCGUAACCGCGACUCGAUAGCGGACUCCCGCCAGUUCUGCGUGAACCACGACGAUGGUAUCACCCCUGCAGUUAUCGAUUGCCGCACUUGUGGCCCUCUGUGCUCGGAGUGCGACCGAUUCUUGCAUCUUAACAGAGCGGCAAGAACUCACCAUAGACAGAUUUGCAAAGAAGAAGAAAGCGCGAUCCGCGUUGACAUUCACGAGGGUUGCGGUCGAGCCAAGCUCUUCUGGCUCCUGCUUCUCGUGGACCGGCGAACCCUCAAGGGCUUGGCUGAGUUCCGUUCCGUGGUGGUGUGCGAACCUGGAGAGGUGGUGUGCAGUACCAAGAGCUUGGCUGGUGUUUGUCGCUUCUGCGGCACUCGCGGCAAUUCCGGAUUGCUCGCUAUUGGCAACGUGUGCGCUGACGCACAAUGCCAGGAGUACGGUCGCGAGGCGUGCGCGCGCAUCCUGCCGUGCGGUCACAUCUGCGGCGGCGUUCGCGGCGAGCGGACGUGCCUGCCGUGCCUGUUCGGGUGUGCUGGAUCACAUACGUUACGACAGGACGCGGACGAUAUGUGCAUGAUCUGCUUCACUGAUCCAUUGCAAGCUGCCCCUGCUAUUCAGCUAUCAUGCGGCCACGUAUUCCAUCUACACUGCUGCAGAAAAGUACUCCAAAAUAAGUGGAAUGGGCCUCGAAUCACCUUCUCGUUUUCGAAAUGCCCCAUAUGCAAAGAGGACAUAGUACACUGGACUCUCGAAGACCACCUCGGGCCAAUACGCAAGCUCCGAGAGGAAGUACGCCGGAAGGCCCUGAUGAGACUGGAGUAUGAGGGCCUGGCCAGCAGCUCCAAAGGCAAGACGUUGGUGGACCCCUCUGGGUACGCCAUGGAGAGAUAUGCGUACUAUGUCUGCCAUAAGUGCGAUAAGGCCUACUUCGGCGGUCUAGCCCGUUGUGAAGCAGAGUCGAACAGCUCCUGGGACCCCAAGGAGCUGGUCUGCGGCGCCUGCAGUGAUGUGGCUGGAGCUAGGAUCUGCUCCAAGCAUGGCUCUGACUUCCUUGAAUACAAGUGCCGAUACUGCUGCUCGGUUGCUGUAUUCUUCUGUUUUGGUACUUCCCACUUCUGCAAUGCGUGCCAUGACGACUUCCAACGCGUGACUAACAUCCCACGUCACCUUCUACCACAAUGCCCAGCAGGGCCCAAAGGCGAGCAGCUGCCAGGCACGACAGACGAGUGCCCGCUGCACGUGCAGCACCCGCCCACCGGCGAGGAGUUUGCGCUCGGCUGCGGGGUCUGCCGCAACGCGCACGCGUUCUAAACGUACACCCAACGACGUACACGCAGCAAACGGCUAUACAGUUACAGUUAAGUUCCAUUGUUGAAGUGAAACUUCUUUUGCCGCGUUGAGACUAAAUAAAAAAGUAAUUUCAAGCUCGUGUCAUGGCAAUACCUUC